UGAUCUUGACAAUCUUGAUUUAAUCUUGAUAAUACUUGAUCUAAUUAUCUAGAUCUAAUUCAUUAACUCCUUCACUGAAAGUUUCAGUGCCUGACUUGACUUAGUCGACAGACUUAGACUUUUUUACUUUUUAGUAGUUUUAGAGUUAGACUCUGAGUCUUAGUACUCUUAGACAACAUUUAGUUAGAUUCUAGAUCUAUAUAUAAUAUUAUUAUUAAUAUAAAAUAUAGAUCUAGUCAAGUACUAGUACUAAGACACUGACUAACUAUAUAGAUCUAGAUCUACUAUAUUCCAGCCCAGUCUACUCUACUGACUCUACCUCUAGUUACUAGUUAGUAAACUCUAGUUUAUCAAGUAUAUCUACUCUGACUUUAGUCUAUAACACUAUAUCAGAAUCCAAACUAUAUUUAUACUUUAGACUACUCAACUACUGUAUUAACUAAUAGUGUGUGUAUAGAUCUAGAUCUAGUAUUUAUGUAUUAAAAAGUUACUGGAUGCAGAAUUCUAUACUAGUGACUAUAUCUAGACUACAUAAAACUAGAUGUACAUACAUUAGAUUUAGAUCAGUUUGAUUGAUUUAUUUUGUUAGCUUGAUUAACAUUCAUAUUUAUAAUUAGAUCAUGACUCUACUAUAUAAUUAUAUAUCUAUGUCUAUAUUAUAAUAAUAGAUCUAGAUAGCUUUUUUUUUUUUUUGGUUUAAGUUUAAUGAGAUGGGGUAUUUCAAUCUCAUGAAAUUAAAGCUGCUAAUCAUGCUGAUUGCUAUCAUUAUUAUCAUACUCAUGCUUUAUGAGUAGGAUUAAAAUGCUGAUAUGACAGAACAUCAUGAUCAUCAUGCAGCCCAGAGUGCCCAGACCAUUGCUAUGUAGUCCUUUAUUUAAUUCUAUGAUGAAUCUAGGCUACUUACAUUUUAUAUAAUUACUAUUAAAAAUAUAUUCUUCUAAUUCAAUGUUUAUCUAAUUUAUCUAAUUACUAGAUUGUCUAGAUCUACAAUAGAAUAUCUACUUCAAUGUUUAUCUAAUUACUUGAUCUACAUUACAAUCUACUAUCAAAUAUUACUCAAGAAUUAUUUAAGAUUUUCCAUUGGAUUAUUCACUUACGCACCCACAUUAUUUUAUCAGAUAUCAUGCCAAGACAAAGAAAAAGAAAGCUUUCAUCCUGUACAAAUGUUGAAGACACUAUUUUGUACAAAUUCCUUUAUGAAAAUUUUAAUUAUUCUGAACUUUCACCAGAUGACAAUAAUAAACUAUGCUUAAAAGGACAUGUCCUCCUAAUUUAUCUGCAAAAUCAGUCCUCCUAAACAUCCACAGCAGAAAUUGUUGCUUCAACUUUUGGAUUCCCAUUUAAUCCAUGUUUAAUUUCAAAAGUUCAUUAUUUAACUGAAUGCACCAUUGCAAAGUAUAAAAGUAAUGUAACAAAAUAUUUGUCAGAAAUUCAAAACAUUUGCUAUCAAAUAUUUUACCAGUUACCUAGCACAACUGCUCCUAACUCUGAUUUAACUCCAACAAAAGCUAUACAACCAACUGAAAUAAAUCCUGUUACUGAAAUAAAUCUUGUUUCAUCAAAUUUAAGAAGCAAUGAUGAAUGAACCCCUCGUAGAAGACAUUUAAAAAGAUGACUUUCUUUUGUGUCCCAGGCAAGAAGUGAAGACAAGAAUAAAUAUAGGAAAAAAAUAUGUUUAUUAAAAUCUCAAAUUAACUCUCAGCCUAACCUUAUUAAAAAUCUUAGACGGUCUGUUCACCGAAAAAAUGAGAGGAUUAAUAAGUUGUUAAAAAAAUUGCACAAAUAUGAAAUUGCUUCUGGCAAACGUUUUUUAAAAUGUAAAAAAUGUAUUUGGCAAACAAAAAAGCAUCAAGAGGUAUUAAAGAAAAUGAAAUCAUCAUUUAAUAAAGAAUUGGCUGUGAAGGACGCUAUCAUAACAUUUCUUCAAAGUGAUAAACUACUUCUUGAAGAUGAACUUAAAGAACUAAAAGAAAAUAAAGCUAGGUCCCUUAAAAAAAAUAAUAAAACAUAUGAUGUUAUGACAAGGUUAAUGUUUUUUAAUUGUCUUUUAUACCAGGCCCCAACUUUUCUAUCUCCCCUAUAGUAAGUAGUUUAUCACAGAGAUUGGGUGUGCUUCUUGAUUGCGUCCCUCACAGAACAUCAGUAGACAACUUUGUAAGAGAACUUGGUGUUAUUUCAGACCUACAAGCCGCUGAAGUUGCUAUGAAAACACCACAUCUAACUCUUGGGUUUGAUUCCACAACCCAAGAGGGUGUUCUUGUCAAUUCAGUACAUCUCACCACUCCAUCUGAUACUUUUGUUAUAGCUUUAGAUCAGUUGAGUGGUGGGAGGGCUGAGGACUAUGAAAAACACUUAAUUGAAUCAAUACAAAAUUUAGCAUAUGCUUACUCAGAUUUUCAUAAGAUAGAGUUUUCCACUUGUCAUAAUGAAAUUAUCAAAAAUAUUUCCAACACUAUCUCAGACCGGGCAUCAGUGAAUCAUGCUUCCAUAGUUAAAUUAAAUGCAUUAUGGGGUAAAACCUUAAAUGAACUUAAUUGCCACCUGCACCCACUUGAUAGUAUUUCAAAAGGCUGCAGGUUGGCACUUAAGUCCCUGCAGACAGAAAGGAGCAGCCUUAUUGGGAGUGACUGCAUAGCAGGCAACAUUGUCUUACAAAUAGACAAACUCAGGUAUCGAGAUGGAAAGGGUGACCCCAAAAAUUUUAUUUCCUUUCUACUUAAUGAAAAUUUACCGAAGGGCCUUAUUCCACAGUAUAGGGGAAAUCGUUUGCUUGUGUUUUUCCGUACUUGUGGAAUAUUGGUCCUUCAUUAUGACCAAAUAUUAUCAUUUUUAAAAUCCCCUGCCCUUUCCUCUGGAUCGCUGAUAAGUUGCCUGCACAGUGACCUCAAUAGUGAAACUGGGAAGAAACAACUUUUUGUUAUGGGUAUGGUAGGGAAACUGCUGACAAGCCCUUGGAUGAAAAAAUUUUACAUUGCGCCUGGUGCGCAAGCUGUUUCUCAUCUUGGGGCUAUCACAGUCAUUAAAGAAGUUCUAGCCCAAGUAGAUCAAUGCCUUAAUAAUCCCUUCAUUAUUUUCACAAGAAACCUAGACUUCUUUGGUGAAAUCCUUGAUGUUAAUGAUCCCAUACUGGAGGUUCUUUUGCUCUGCCCUCAAGAUAAGGAAGUUGAAAACAUGAUAAAAGCUAGUUUGUCUUCUAUUGCAGAAACUAUCAAUAGGCAGUAUAAAAGGUAUCUUUGUAUGAAUGUGUCUGAGCUGAUGAGCACUCAGACAGAAUCUGCUAGGCUACAUAACAUGGAUUCUGAAGAGGUGAUUGGCAUGUUUAGUGCAGCCAAGAAAAAAGCACCUAAUGCAACGAUGUGCUACAUGUCCUCUAGAAUCCGUUCCCUAAAGAACAGAACUGUAGCCUAUCUAGAUUCUCUGAGUGCCUCAGAUAUGACUGAAAGGGUGACUUGGGCCAUUGGUGUCUCUCGCAGUAGGAGGCAGGCUAAUCGAGUGAGGACGUCAGAGGUGACUAAGGAGAUUGAUCUGAGGGCGGAGCAAAAAAACCAGGAGACAGAACAGAAAGAAAGAAAGAAAAUUGAAAAACUUUUAAGACAAGACAAUUACAUUGACAAGAUUAAGGAACUGAUUACUAACGUGACUGAACAGACUUGGAUGGAUGUGCAGGAAUUGUUAUCUGGAAAUGUUAUAGACAGGUUGAUAUGCCACUAUUGAUACAGUCCAGGCCCUGUAUUAUAUAGUGGCAGGGUAAAGGGACUGAAAAAAGGAAUGAAAGAUGUAUAUUUGGUAAAAUAUUGGCUGGAUGAUGAGGACGAGAGUAGAGGGGUUGACUAUGACAUGAGCAAGUAUCAGCUUGCCUGUGACAUACUGUUCAAAGACUUGACAUUACUGUAGAAUAGUAUUUGUUAACAUCAAGGAUUUUUCCCUACCCAUUGACAAAAAUGUUCCAGUUUCACUUCUGUCUGACAAACAGGGAUUCUUUAUAAUAGGGUGGAAAAACAAUAGGGGGGGUAAAUCUGUUAGCUAAUCAUUAGUGACUAAUACAUUUCAAUAAAAUAAAUACUUUUAUAAAAUUUUCAAACUGUAAAGAAUAGUAAACUAAAAGUUUAUGUCAUUAAUUUUAAACAUAUUAUAUACUAUUAUAAAAUUCACUAGAGGUAACCAUAGCCCUAACCUUUUUCUACUAUAUGUUUUAAGCUUUAAAAUAUAAAAUAUUUAAAAUAAAAUAGUACCUUAAUAAAAAAAAGAUGUAAAUAAAACUAUCAAAUUAUAAAGAAUGAUCAUUCAAAAUUUUUUUUUAACAGAAAAGUAAAGCCCCUCUUUCUGUAAUUUUAUAACAAAACAUUUGUGUUGGGAUUGUUUUUGUUAAUUUGAUUAUUAUUCAUUUCCUUCAUGUAACUAUAACUUUUAAAAUGAUUAAACCUACAUAGUGUUUACAAUUGUUUUCCCAUUGCAUCACAUGUAAUACAGCAAAGUUUAAAAUUAAUAAUGAUCAUGACUUACUAACAUAUAAAGUGUUUCUCUAGUCCUCCCAGUAGAUCUGAAAUAACACCAGUGGUUGUGUACUACUUGUCAUUCCCAUUUUUAAUAUUGCAUUUAUUUUUUUUUUUCUAGCACACUAUUUUGUUUUAUAUCAUCUAAUAAAAAAAAAGCUAAUCAACUAUUUUUCUUAGCUAUUUUUACUAUCACUAAUGAUAUGUGGUACAUCAUCACUUUUUAUAUAACGUUCCUUGUUAAAAUUUAUUUUAUUGAUAGUUCAUAAAGAAUUAAUUUAAAUUAUGUUUAAUGUAAAGCCAUAACUUUAAAAUUAAAAUAUUUAAUAAUUUUCAUAAACAAUAUUAUUAGUUUUAUAAAAUUGUCUUCACUUCAAGUUUGUGACUGUAAAGAUAUGUAAACUUUCCUUUUUAUAUUUAUGUGUACCAUUAAAAAUUAAGUUUUUUCAAACACAAAUCAUCAUAUAUCCUAUUAACCUUUCAUCAUUCAAACAUUAAACUCUCAUAAAAAACAACAACUUUUUUUUCAAAUCCAUUUAUUAUUAACCCUUCAUUAAAUUAAACAUUAAACUUUUCAUAAAUUCAUUUGUGAUUUAUACUUUCGUGAUGGUGUCUAAAUUCCCACAUGUGCCUUAUACUUUCAUGAUGGUGUCUAAAUUCCCACAUGUGCCUUAUACUUUCAUGAUGGUGUCCUUCAACUCCUUGCAUGUCAUCAGAGUCCCUUCGGCAACAUUUACUUAAUCAUCAUCCAGUACAUACUAACUUGCAUGUCAUCAGAGUCACUUGGCUCCAUUUACUUAAUUAUCAUCCAGUACAUACUAACUUGCAUGUCAUCAGAGUCACUUGGCUCCAUUUACUUAUUCAUCAUCCAGCACAUACUAACUUGCAUGUCAUCAGAGUCACUACGGCACCAACAAAUUAACCACCAUUGACUUCAUCAUCAUUCUAUGCUGCUUACUUGCAUGAUAUCUGCUUUGCUACACUUCUAACACAAAGAAGCCACCAUUUACUUUAUCUUCAUUCAUCACUGACUAAUUUGCAUGUCAUCGAGUCCCUACGUCACUAACAAACCACCAUUGGCUUCAUCAUUAGUUGGUCGAACUUAAUUUCUGUGUUAUCACAUUCAUCUUCUACGUUAUCAGCACAAUCCAGCAAUCAUUUAUGCCUUGCCAUCUUACCAUGCUAUACUUAAAAAUUAACAUCAUAUUAUCAAGAAACAUUUAUGUAAGUAAUUUUUAUUUUUUCUAUGCAAAAUGAUUUAAAGUUUUUAUUCUUUUUUUCUUUAAAUAUACAGAAAUAAUAUACAUGUAGCUAAAGAUAUAUUUGUUCAUCACAUCUAAAGUUUUAUCUUUAUCUUGGUGUUGUUUUUAGAUGUGAUAUAAAAAUGAGUGAGAUAGUAUGCUUUAUUGAUUUCAUAAAACCUCACUUAGUGUUGAGUGAAAAUGCGUUAAAAAAAUUUGUAAAAAAUUAACCAUUUGGCAUAUAGAAAUAAUCUAUAUAUAACUGGAAAGCUCAGGACAAGUGCUUCUUUUAUCUGUUAUCAACAUUUUGUUAAAAUAGAAAUAUAAGAACAUUUUAUUACAAAAAUAAAAAAUGAUAACCUCAUAUUGAGUUGGUUAAAAUAAAAAAAAAAAAUAUAUAUAUAUAUAUAAACUGUAUAAAACAAUAAAAUACUUUUAUUAAGCACACCUUAAGCUUUAUUUUGAUAUAUAGAUUAUAGCAAAGUGAUAAAAAUUAACAAAAUGGUACUCAUUUUUGUUCAUUUUUUCAUAAAAUCUUGUGCCAUGGUUUCCCAUUGCUUCAAUGUUAAGUGAAAGCGCGCCAAAAUUUUAUUUAUUUUUUUAUCUAUUGGACUCAUACUAACAUUCUAUACCUCAUUGGAAAGCUCCUUUGACCACCUUUUACUUCAUUAAAAAAGACUGCCUUUGUCAUACGUUCGUCUCCCAUACGGGAUACGUGCCCUGCCCAGCGUAACUGUCAGACCAUAAGAAGCCCCUCUAUACUGUCUAUACUGGCGUUUGCAAGGACAUCACUGUUUGUAGUGCAGUCUUAACACUGUAUGUCCAUGAUGGAGCGCAAGCAUCUUUGGUGAAAGCGCUCAAGAAGUCUUAGUUGUUUUCUGUAUAGUGUCCAUGUCUCAGAGUCAUACAGAAGGGUUGAGAGAACCACCGCCUGGUAGACAUUGAUAUUUGUAGGCAGGCAGAGCAAUUUGUUCCGCCAAACUCUUGCCUGAAGGCAUCCAAAAGCGCUACUGGCCCUGGCCAGACGGUUAUCAACUUCCCUUGAAAGUGAGGCGUUAUUUGACACAAUUCUACCUAGAUAUGUGAAGUGGUCUACAUUUAUAGUACCAUUUUAUAAUUAAUAUUGUUAUAAUCUAGAAUAUUCUAGAUCCUAGAGAUUUAGUAGAGGUGGUCUAAGGUCACUAUGGAGAUUUAGUUACAGUUAGUGUAUGAGAUUAGAGUCUUAUUAAAAUUAAUAUUGUUUGUCUACAAUAAUAAAAUAAUCAUUUCAUAUCACCAACAGAAAGAGAGACCUGACAACCCAGCAAGUCCGACACUUCGUUUUUCAAAUUAAGGACACAGAAUAGAGCAUUAAAUUGAAAAAAUAGGAACAGAUGUGGCACAGUGUCUCAGAUUAAAAUUAACAACCAGGAACAGAUGAUCUGUCAUCUCGGUUAGGGGGGGCUAGCUGCAAUAUAUAUGGAUCCAUCAAUCAGAAAUUCAAUUCAAAUAUUGCUAAGAGUUCGCCCUCCUGAUCCAAGUGAAAAAGGCUUUGCACCAUGAGUUCUGGAUGUUAACACUGCAGACAAUGCCAUUAUUCUUCACACAAAGCCAGAGCCCACAAUUUUCACCUAAGACAAUGUAGCAGAUGCUGACACCACACAGUGGCCAGACUGGCUCAGGAAAAAGUUUUACUAUGUUUGGUCCCUCUGAGAACUUGGAAAGCCCGUGGUGUGAUUCCCAGAAGUUUGGAGUAUCUCUCUAGUGUAAUAGCUCACCAACAAGAUGUAACUUUCUUUUAUUGUAUACAAUUGUUUUUAUAAGGUUUAACUGGUGUAAUGAAACCAUUAGAUUUAAAUGUUUCCUUUUUUUUUCUGCCCCACUUUUGUUUAAAACACGAAUCAUAACAUUUUUUUAAUUCUCUUCACAGCAUGGCAGUAAAAAACAGUUUUUGUGUCGCUGCUCCUUUUUAGAAAUCUAU